AUGACUCGAUUUGAUUUAUAUGCUCCGGGAAACAAACCAGUGUCUUUCACUCAGUUUGAGAAAGAAACUAUAGAGUCUGCUUUCCCAUCUGGUGAAGCUCCAAUUCAUUUUGCCUUCAGAACAGACAUUCGAGUCAAAAAAGAAACUCAUCGUAACGAUAUUUGUGCUGUUUCACCACAUUUCAUUGCGUGUUUCAAACAGAAGACAUAUGGAGAAAAGCCAGAACUCUAUUAUAAGCUUCACAUAUCCAAAAUUCAGCUUAUGUGUUAUGCGGAUGAUCCGUUUGUAUUCAUUAAGACAGAGGAAGAUAAACUAACAGUCACAGGACAUCAGUGUCUUACGUUUGCACAAAUUGUAUAUCGUAAUUACCUCAUAUCUUUUCCUACAAAAACUCAAGAUGAAAUUUUCGAACUUCGUACAUCGGAUAUUUCGCUAUUUCCAUUAAUAAAACUUCCAAUAUCACUCUCCCAAACAUUCCAAUUUGCUUAUUCUUCAUUUGCUGCUGAACAAGAAGUUCCUUAUCGUCAAGAAGUUGUUAGAUACGUUCAUAACAUGAUUGUAACAAAGAACCCAAUUCUGGAUCUUUCACAGUUACCAGCAGAUCUCUUUGUAGACACAGGAAAGAAAUCUGCUUUUGAUCCAGUGUUUGACGCUUUACAUCUUACAAAAAUAGGUCCAGGAAUAUGUUGUGUGAACCAAUCGAGACCGAAAUUACUCUCUUCUCUUGCCGAUUCUGUUGAUAAAGGCUUACAAUUUAAUAUUAUUCAUUUAGACAAUUGUGGCAUUAUCGAUGGCAUGCAGCAACUCAAAGAAGCCAUAUUCAAGAAGGAAGAUUUCCCUUGUUUGUACUGGAAUUUAAAUAAUAACAAAAUUAAGGGUUGGAAUUACUUUUGUGAGAUCCUUUCGAAGCAGAAGUCACCACUUAAGCAUUUAUCACUCUCAAAUUGCGGUUUGACGUCAAAAGAUUUAAUUCUUUUGUUUAAUACUUUAUCUCAGAACAAUAACCUCUGGGAACUACGCGAUAUAUGCUUAGCAGGAACAACCUUUGAUCCUAAAUCAAUGUCUGCUAUCAGAGAAUUCAUUAAAGUUUUAUCUGACAAUAAUACAAUGAAAAUCGUUAGUUUAGACUUAUCCCAUGGUCAGAAAAUUAAUAAUUUUAUGCAAAUUCUCGCUUCCUCGCCAAACGGAUUAAGAGAUUUGAACAUUUCAAAUUGUAUUUUAGAUAAAAAUUCACAAGAAGCUCUGAUAACCAUAGUUGAUAACUCAAAGACACUCAAGAGACUUGACAUCAGCUAUUCGCAUGUCUCCCCUGAGUUUGUUGCGAGAUUAAUCGUUUCAUUUUCCAAAAACAUCGAUUUGAAGCUGAUUGAACUCAAUUUGAGCGGUCUACAAUUGAAUGGAACCAAACUUAUACCAGUUAUUACGGCUCUACUCAACAGCGACGAAGAAAAAUUCGAUUCAAUUUUAUUUAAUGAGGAAAACAUGACUUCAGAAGAUGUUAAGAACCUUAUUCCUGUACUGAAAGACUUUGUAAACCUAAGGUACGUCUCUUUCUCCAAUAAUUUCAAUGAAAAAAUGGUCGGUGUCGGAAAUCUUCUCGGAGACCUUCUUAGUUUGCCAAAUCUUAAGAGAAUUGAUAUCUCCGGAUCACAGGAAUUCAGUAUGAAGCAAGAACUGGUUCCUUUCCUUAGAAAAGCUUCAAAAGCCGGUCUGGAGCAUUUAGACAUCACCGGACAAGCAAUUGGAGACAAGGAUUACAGUACAAUUGCUCAGUUCGUCAGGCAAUGCACAAAUCUUCAAACUCUUAAAUUUGAUAAUAAUAACGUUACAUCUGUUGAAUUACUGUUAGAUUUAGUAGCCGCUCUUAACGCUAAUAAGUCAGUUAUACUCGCUUACUUCCCUACUAACGAUGCAAGGGCAAUUGUUCAAAAAGCGAAAUCAAAUCAGAAAUCUAACUUGGCACAGAGGCUUGGCGACAUCCAGAUCAGUCUUAUGCAGUAUAUAAAUGAGCAUAGAUACAAAAAGAAGCUUGGAAGCGUAUUACCUUUCGAGUCUACACCAGAAAUUUCGGAAAUUAUCCAAGAAAUCACCGAAAACUACGUCAAAAUGCUUGAAAACUAUCCAGAAUUAAGAACACACUCAGCUGUCUGCAAAGAGCUCAAUCUUCCUCUUCCUUUCCAAAGAAUUGGCGAUGUUGUUGAAGAUGGUGGCCAAAUCCAUCAAAACUCUAUCGGCGAUUUGACAGUUUACAUGACAGAAUCCAUGAAAUUUACAAUUCAAGAGGAAGUAACUAAUUACGAGACAUUUGCAUUCACAACAGCCAAUCCAAACUUCAUAUCUGUUGUAGAGGAACACAACCCAGAGCCCGGAAGAGUCUCUUUCGUCACAAAAGAGAGAGAUCUCAAGGAAGAAGAGGAAAUUAAAGAGGAAGAACCAAAAGAAAAGGUCAAAAGACCAAAGAAGAAGAUCAACUACUAUGAGGAUGAUGAUUCCGAUGACGAAGAGAAGCUAAUUAAGUUUGAAAAAAGAAGAUAUAAAGAAGAAGUAGAUAGUGAUGACGAAAAACUUCCUCAAUUCACUAAAAAGAGAGAUUAUAAUGAUAUAGAUGAUGAAGGAAAGAGAAAGAGACUCUAUGGUGCUUUGCCUCAGCCAAAGAAAGAAAAAAGAAGAUUUGAUAACGAAAAUAGAAAGCAGAGAAGACCAUUUGACACAAUAAAUGAUAAUGAUGACGAAAGUGAGGAAGAAGAACUACCAAAGAAGGCUUCAAAGAGAAAAUUAAAAAUUUCUGAUUCAGAUUCUGAAGAAGAACCUCCAAAACCAAAGCAGAAGAGCGAAGAAAGUGACAAAAAGAAGAAAAACUCAAAGAGAAAGCUCCAAUUAUCUGAUUCUGAAGAGGAAGAAGUUAAAAAACCUUCAAAACGUAAAAAACCUGUUGUAAAGGAUUCUGAAUCGGAAGAUGAUGAACCAAAGAAACCGUCGAAGAGAAAGAAACCUAUUCUGAGUGAUUCUGAAGAUGAUGACGAAAUUCCUCAGAAAAAAUCAUCAAAUUCUAAGAAAUCUAAUGGUUUCAAGCCAUCAGAGAUGCCAAUAAUACCAAUAGAUAUUCCAGAACAUGAAUCUUUUGCGGAUCUCGCUGAAGAAUCAGAUGAUGACAAAAUUGUCAAACCAAUGAAGAACAAGAAGUCAUCAUCUGCUUCAAAUAAGAAGAACUUUAAGUGGUCUGAUGAUUCUGAUAGCGAAGAACCAGUUCCAAAGAAGAAAUCAAAGAGAAAUCCAGAACUUGAUGAUACUCCUAUUCCUACACAAUAUCUUGCCCAUAAAAAGAAAGGAAAGAAAUGA